UAAAUUGAUGGACGUGGGGAGAGCUCUUGUAUGAACUUCUCAUAGUUGUUUCUUUCUUUCAAGUAAAAAGCCUUUUUUUUUUUUUUUUUUUCUUUUUGUACCAAUAACAAGUUCUAGUCAUGGCUGCAUCCUUCUCAGUGCCUUCAAUGAUUAUGGAGGAAGAAGGGAGGUUUGAGGCAGAGGUAGCGGAGGUGCAAGCCUGGUGGAACUCCGAGAGGUUCAAGCUAACCCGGCGACCGUACUCAGCUCGAGAUGUCGUAGCCCUGCGAGGCAACCUCAAGCAGGGCUACGCCUCCAACGAGAUGGCCAAAAAGCUCUGGCGAACCCUCAAGACUCACCAAGCCAAUGGCACGGCCUCAAGGACUUUUGGUGCACUUGAUCCCGUCCAAGUCACCAUGAUGGCCAAGCACUUGGACACUAUCUACGUCUCCGGCUGGCAGUGCUCCUCCACACACACCACCACCAACGAGCCUGGCCCCGACCUUGCCGACUACCCCUACGACACCGUCCCGAACAAGGUCGAACACCUCUUCUUCGCGCAGCAAUACCAUGACAGGAAGCAGAGGGAGGCCCGGAUGAGCAUGAGCCGCGAAGAGAGAGCUCGAACGCCUUAUGUCGAUUACCUCAAGCCGAUCAUAGCUGAUGGUGACACCGGGUUCGGAGCCACCACGGCAACCGUUAAGCUAUGCAAGCUCUUUGUUGAGCGCGGUGCUGCUGGUGUCCACAUUGAGGACCAGUCUUCGGUGACCAAGAAAUGCGGUCACAUGGCGGGGAAAGUGCUCGUUGCCAUCAGUGAACACAUCAACAGACUGGUCGCUGCGAGGCUGCAAUUCGACGUCAUGGGUGUUGAGACAGUUCUCGUGGCGAGAACUGACGCGGAGGCCGCGAAUUUGAUCCAAACCAAUGUGGACACGAGGGACCACCAGUUCAUUCUCGGCGCCACCAAUCCGCACCUCAGAGGGAAGGGCCUGGCGACCCUUUUGGCCGAGGGGAUGGCGGGGGGUAAAACCGGGGCGGAGCUACAGGGAAUAGAGGACAACUGGAUAUCGAUGGCCCAGUUGAAGACUUUCUCCGAACACGUGGUGGACUCUAUCAAGAACUCCAACUACGGCGAGAACGAGAAGCGGUGGAAGCUCAACGAAUGGAUGAACCACUCCAGCGUCGACAAAUGCCUGUCGAACGAGCAAGCCCGAGAGAUCGCGGAGAAACUGGGUCUCAAAAACCUUUUCUGGGACUGGGAUUUGCCCAGAACCAGAGAAGGAUUCUAUAGGUUUAGAGGCUCAGUGGAUGCAGCCAUCGUCCGCGGCUGGGCAUUCGCUCCUCACGCCGACCUCAUAUGGAUGGAGACGGCGAGCCCCGACCUGGCGGAGUGCACGAAGUUCGCGGAGGGCGUGAAGUCGAAGCACCCGGAGAUAAUGCUGGCGUACAAUCUGUCGCCGUCGUUCAACUGGGACGCGUCGGGGAUGAGUGAUCAGCAGAUGACGGAGUUCAUUCCGAGGAUAGCUAAGCUGGGGUUCUGCUGGCAGUUCAUUACUUUGGCUGGUUUCCAUGCGGAUGCGCUUGUGGUGGACACGUUUGCCAAGGACUACGCCAGGAGGGGAAUGCUGGCUUAUGUGGAGAGGAUCCAGAGGGAGGAGAGGAACAAUGGGGUUGACACUCUGGCCCAUCAGAAGUGGUCUGGUGCUAAUUACUAUGAUAGGUAUCUCAAGACCGUCCAGGGUGGGAUUUCCUCCACUGCUGCUAUGGGCAAAGGAGUGACUGAGGAGCAGUUCAAAGACAGCUGGACCAGGCCAGGAGCGGUGGACUUGGGUACUGAAGGAAGCGUCGUGGUUGCCAAGUCAAGGAUGUAAGAGAAAAGAAGACAAGACUCUGGUUCCGGGUUACUAUGCUUGCCCAUUUCCAAUAUUUAAUGGGAUUUGGCGUAGAAUAAUCAAUUGCAAUAAUAUUACAGGCAAUUGGGACAUUCUAAGUAUUUUUUUGGUUACAUAUUGUCGUAUGUUUACUACUUCUUUCAGCUCUCCAUUUGCAGAGAGCAGGGACGAAACUCGUUCGUGCUUGUUGUAAUUCUGUUGUUUCUUAAUCCUCGAGUAAUGAAAUACUUAUCAUUAAAAGUACCA